AUGAAGUGGAUUUUAAAAGUUAGUAACUUGUAUUUAAUUCAGCUUUCAGAUGAUUCUUUUGAAAAUUCAAAUAAAACACCUAGACAACCUAAUGAAGACAACAAAGAAAUGAANAAGAAAGACCCAGUGCCUUGGUGGAUAGCCGAAGAUGAUUUUGAAGAUGAUGGACUGCUUGGAACAAAUGUGAGCUAUUUGAAGACAAAGAAGACAUAUCAACCUGCUGUGGACACAGAGGAGGAAUCUGCUGAAAAAGUUCAAUUUCUUAAGAGCAGUGGAACCUCCAUCUUAAGUGUUGACAGCUUAGAAGCUAAUGAAUUGGUUGUUUCUGAGCCCCAUCAUAGCACUCUUGGUUUGGGCUUGGACACAUUAGAAGAACAAGAGGAGAAAGAGCAGUUCUUUGCCAGGCUUGAGAAAGGCUUGACGUCUUCUAUUGAUUAUUCGAAAUUAAAUCAAGAACUAGAUUCUGAUGACUCUGCACAAUUGAAAGCUUUACAUAGAUAUCCACGUAAUUCAGAGCCAGCUGAAGAUGGAUGUGAGAAUGAAUCAGAACACGAGGAACUGCCAGAAACAUACAGUGAUGAUUUUGAAGAUGCUGAGGAUACUGAUGAACCUUUGAUCACUAAAGAUGAAGAGACCCAUCCCAAAGAGAACUCUGAGUCAGGAAAAGACAGCUUUCCCAAACAGGUACCUUGUCCUUCAACCAUUUUGUCUGCUUUCAUCAGCUCGGCUGACCUGCUGUAUGAAAACUCGAGUCUUCUGCGCCCUUCUGUGCCCCUCACGUCUUUCUUUCCUGUUGCUGCAGUUGUGCUGCUUGAUUCCUUUGACUCUGUUGAGGAUGUCGGCCUUAGCAGUCAAGAGAAAGCAACCCCUAAAGCAAAGGCCCCCCCAGAAGUAACAGACGACGGACCGGCAGAAACAGGUGUUCCUUAUGGACAAAGCAGUGGUGACACUGAAGCCCUGCACCAAGCUUACUGUCAUGUAGCUCAUUCUCUGGGAGACACAGGCGAACCAAGAAUUGAGGCUAGCACUGUGCAAACUGUCAGGAGCUCCAUAAAAGAUGGUCUUCAAGAAAACGAAGAGUCUUCAAAGAACAUCUCUACCACCGAGUCCGAUUUGCCCACAGUGGAGGAGCUGAUGAAGCCUAUCAGGAUCGAUUCCUAUGGGAUCAGGGCCUUUGACUUGCAGCCUAUCAGCCUUAAGAAAGCAGCGGACAGUAAAGAAGCUGAAUCUGUAGGCUCUUUACCCCUGAAGACGAACACAAACACUGUGUCUCAAGACACUAGACAUGUGAUCCAAUUUCCCCACAAACACAAUGAGAGUGUGGUUCUACACAGGACAGCAGAUGAGGGCNUGGGCAGCAGCUGUCCAGCUACAGAGGAGCAUUUGGACAAAAUGUACCUGGAGAUUUUGAAGAAGAAAACAUCUGUUAACCCCUCACUAUUACCUCAGGAUGACAAAACGAACCAGACUUCCAGGUCCCAGCUCGGGGCUGGGGAAGAGGUGCCUGUCAUUGGUAAACAGGUUCCAUGUAAGAAGGCCAGAAGCACACCUUCUUUGCCUAAGAGAAAGCCACAGAGUGGACUGUACGCAUCAGCUCGGAGCUCAGGCUACGGCAAACCCAGUUCACCACUCCAGUUAUUUUCAGCCCUUGAAAAGAAAACUUCAAAGGAUAAUACAAAAACUAAAAGUGUGAGAUCCAUUCCCACCUCAAAUCAAUUUAGAAAAAAAGAAAUACUAUCUGGAACAAAACUCAUCAAGCCUGCAGCUUCGAAUAAACCAUCCCCUCACCGUGAAGGUAGCCCAGCUACACCCAAGAGACCUGAAGACCCCUCAGAUGAUUCCUUUGUCCAGUUACACACUGAGCCUUUGGGACCCUACGGUGGGAACAGAGAGAAAGAGUUACUAAUGUUGAAAAGAGCUCAGGAUGCGGAGGAAAAAUGGACGGGUGCACAAGCACUGAUNGAGCAAAUGAAAAUGACAUUCUGUGAGAAGGAGAAGGAACUGGAGAACACAGUGGAAAGCCUCAAGAGGCAACAGGAGAGAGAGCUCUUCAAACUGAACCAAGAGAACUACAUUCUUCAGGCCAAGUUAAGUAGCUUUGAAGAAACAAGCAGAAAACAGAGGUGGCUACAAUUUGGAGAAACAUCUGACCCCCUCACUGGAGAAAAACUGAAACAAAUUCAAAAAGAGAUACAAGAACAAGAGACACUUCUUCAAGGCUACCAGCAGGAAAAUGAAAGGUUGUAUAAUCAAGUAAAAGAUCUUCAGGAACAAAAUAAGAAAAAUGAAGAGCGAAUGUUUAAAGAAAAUCAGAAUUUAUUUAGUGAGUUGGCCUCUUUAAAAGAACAGAUGCACAAAAAUCGUUUUCUGUCUCAAGCAGUUGAAAAUACAGAACCCACAAAAAACCAGAGUUUUACAGAUCUUCUAGCAGAAUUACGGGCAGCACAGAAAGAAAAAAACCACCUCACGGAAGACAUCAAAAGACUGAAGCAAGACAAACAAGCUCUGGAAGUAGACUUGGAAAAAGUUAAGAGAGAGAGGGACCAAGCCAAAGAUCAAAUCGCCUAUGCCACAGGUGAAAAAUUAUAUGAAAUAAAGAUUUUAGAAGAAACACAUAAACAAGAAGUGAGUCGUCUACAAAAGCGGCUACAGUGGUACGCUGAAAACCAGGAGCUUCUGGAUAAAGACGCAGCUCGCCUCCGAGAGGCCAAUGAAGAGACUGAGAAGCUGAGAGUAGAGAUUGAAAAACUGAAAACUGAGUCUGGGAGCCCAGCUACUCAGCAGAGGCUGCGCUCAAAGGAAAGAGCUCUUGAUGCCAAAAGAAUUCAGGAUCUGGAGCGGCAGAUUACAAAACUCUUGGAAGAAUUGAAAGAAGCCAAAGAAAACCACACACCAGAGAUGAAGCAUUUCAUGGGCUUAGAAAGGAAGAUCAAGCAGAUGGAGAUGAGGCAUAGGCAGAGAGAGCAGGAGCUCCAACAGCCAAAGAGUUCAGAAGCGCGAGCACAGGAUGCAAACUCGGAGACACGGAGAAGGGACCCACAUCAGCCAGAUGACAAUCUACCCUACUAG